CUUUGCCUUUGAAUGUGCUCUCAGCUUUUAGUAUUAUUGCAUUUUGGUUAUUGUGACUCCUGCACCAAUGUUGUCUUCGGUGUCGUAGUGAUUCUCGACGAGAAAGUGCUUCUCGCUGCAGUAUCUCUCGGUUGACGACUUCCCGGAUUGUCUUCUGCACGAAGAAUCGAUUCCCUAUUCGUUCUUUCAAGGUAAGUUUUUUCCCCAGGAAGACGAUGGAACGAGAGAGCAGCAUUAAAGUAGGAUACUGGCGCAGAUUCACCAGGUUCUUGCUGAAAUCCAUAUUGUUCAAUGUCCUGUCCGUGGGUCCUGUUCCCAACCAUAUUGCUUUCAUCAUGGACGGUAACCGAAGGUACGCAAAGAAACGAAACCUCCCAGUAGGAGAAGGUCACCAGGCGGGGUUCAUCUCGCUCGCACGGAUCCUUGGCUACUGCUACGAGCUGGGAGUGAAGUAUGCCACAGUCUACGCCUUCAGCAUAGAUAACUUCAAGAGGCCGGCCAACGAGGUCCAGGUUCUGAUGGAUCUGGUGCUCGAGAAGAUUGAUGAACUGCUCAAGAAGGAGAGCAUAGUGACCCAAUACGGGAUUCGGUUAUAUUUCAUCGGUAACCUGAAGCUCCUGAGCGAUAACGUGAGGGAAGCGGCGGAGAAGGCCAUGAAGGUCACGGCCAAGAACGACAGGCUUGUGCUCUUUGUCUGCAUCGCCUAUACUUCGACAGAUGAGAUCGUGCACGCGGUCGAGGAAGCGUGCAAGGACAAGCUUGACCAUAGUCAGGCGGUUGAGCAGACAAACGGUUCGACCAAUCACUGGGACCAGAUAUCGCAGGAAGAUCCCGAACAUGAUGCUUCUGCAAUAAAGUUGGUUGAUGUCGAGAAGCGAAUGCACAUGGCAAUAGGUCCUGAUCCCGACAUCUUAAUACGGACCUCGGGCGAGACCCGGCUCAGCAACUUCCUCCUCCACCAGUCUGACAAGUGCCUGAUCUACUCACCGGCAGCACUGUGGCCGGAGAUCGGGCUGUGGCACCUCGUGUGGGCGGUGCUAAGCUACCAGAGGAUCUACUCUUAUUUUGAGAAGAAGAGGAAGCAGAUCUGAUUCGAGUCAAAUACAUGUUGUUUAUAAUAAUGCUCUGUUCAUUUCGUUAUGGGUUUGGCCCGUUUGGACUGCGUAGUUGGACGCAUCAUCAUUUAUAUAAGAAAAUCUUACAUGAAAUAGAUAUGUCAUGUGACAUUUCGAUAUAUGUCACGCGAUUGCGUGAUAGAACUCAAUAAAAAAGUUUUUUUUUUAA